AUAAUCGAGGUGGUCUUGAUGGGGUUGUCACCAAACUCAUGGUCAUCUUGGCGAGGCCGGGCGAUAACCCCUUCUACAGCAACAUUGACAGUAUGCCUGAUAUUCGACCCAGGAGGAAGUCUAUACCUCUCGUCUCUGAGCUGGUUCUCAAGACGAUGGCAGCUACGAAGAGAAAUGCCGGGUUGACGUCAGCAGUUCCCAGGGCGUCACUCAACGACGAGGAGCUGGUGAGUAACCCUCCCUACCCCCUCUGUCACUCAUAAUAUCUCCUCUGUCACAGACACUCACAAGGCCA